AUGGAUUUUAGUUCACCGAAUGAAUCCGAUGUGGACAUGAUGCAUGAUGAUUCAAUGCUUAAUGUCAAUUUAUCGGCUCAAUAUGGUCAUCAUCACCAACAUCAGCGUUCGUUACCCCCACAUCCGAGUAUUUCCGGUAUGAAUUCGGAUCCCCAUGCUGUUUUUCCAGGGGUUUAUGUACCUGGUUUAAACCCAAUGGAACAACCCCAACAAGGUGAUGCCAUGGAAGAAUAUGCUCGUCUUAUGGGUAUUAAAGUCGAGAAUGAUGGACCCAAUGUGAAUACCACUGCAUUUGGAGUCCCAAGUGCCACCAAUGACCUGACAAAGAUUCAAGCGAAUGCCGCUUACUUUGAAAACCUCAUUAAUCGUGAUCGAAAUGAUACGAUGGAUGAAGGGAACAAUGUCACGUCCAUGACAUUACCGGCAGGUAUUGGGGGUGGUAUGAAUGGUCAAUUUAUGGCUGCACCCAUGGCACCAACGCCACCAAUGUACAAUCCAAAUUCCGAGUUGGCAUUUCAAGAUGGUGGUGGUGGAUCACGAUUGUACGAUCCAUCGUCUGGUUUUCCACGACAAAGUCCAUCCAUGCCCUUUCAUAAGGGACCUCAAGUGCGGCAGGGGAUAUUGCCACCGGAUAUGGUCGGGUCUCAGACACUUCCACCUGAAAUCAUUUCGGCUAUGAUCAAGAACAAUUCAUCCCACAACUUUGACAAUUUGAGUGAAGAUGAAAAGCAGGCACUGAUCAAGGAGGAAAAAUCGAGAGAACGUAAUCGAGAUCAUUCGCGCAAGUCGCGACUUCGCAAGAAAGAAUUUGUCGAGUCACUGAAGCAUGAGGUUGGACAGCUACAGGUGUAUCAGCAAAUCUGUGAACAAUGCAUGGACUGUAUUGCUCUUGUGGCAGCUGAAGCCUCAGCGAUCUUCCUCUUCUCGAGCGCUGCGUAUACACGCGUGCUUGGCUACCAGAACCAUCAAAUUGUGCCCGGCCAGACGAGUUUUCUCGACAUGGUGCACCCGGACAAUGUGCAAGAAGUUCGCGCAGUGUUCAUGAAGCUCAACACGUUGGGCGAGACCCAUCGAUUUAAAUUCCGAAUAAAGUCAAUGGAUGGCGAGUACUUUAACGCAGAGACGACAGCACGCAUGGCGGAGAAGGGGGUGGUGUGUUCGACUCGCGUGGAUCGUGACACCUAA